GUGAUGGCGGCGGGUGAUGGGGACGUGAAGCUAGGCACCCUGGGGAGUGGCAGUGAGAGUAGCAGCGAAGGCAGCAGCGGGAGCCUGGGCGGCGCGGAAGCGACAGCAGGAGGGGGCAGCUGGGCGGCAGCGGCGUUGGCGCUACUGACAGGGGGCGGGGAGAUGUUGCUGAACGUGGCGCUGGUGGCGCUGGUGCUGCUGGGGGCCUACCGGCUGUGGGUGCGCUGGGGGCGGCGGGGUCUGGGCGCCAGGGCCGGUUCGGGCGACGAGAGCCCCGCCGCCGCUCUGCCGCGCAUGAAGAAGCGUGACUUCAGCUUGGAGCAGCUGCGCCAGUACGACGGGUCCCGCACUCCGCGCAUCCUGCUCGCGGUCAAUGGGAAAGUCUUCGACGUGACCAAAGGCAGCAAGUUCUACGGCCCUGCGGGUCCAUACGGAAUAUUUGCUGGCAGGGAUGCCUCCAGAGGACUGGCGACAUUUUGCCUAGACAAAGACGCACUGAAAGAGGAAUAUGAUGAUCUCUCCGAUUUGAAUGCCGUACAAAUGGAGAGUGUCCGAGAAUGGGAAAUGCAGUUUAAAGCCUUACAUGAGUACAAAGACCAGCCAAGAAAAAUAUGAUUAUGUAGGCAGACUGCUAAAACCAGGAGAAGAACCAUCAGAAUAUACAGAUGAAGAAGAUACCAAGGAUCAAAAUAAACAGGAUUGAACUUUGUAAACAACCAAAGUCAGGGGCCUUCAGAACUGCAAUUCUUACUCCCUUUCACAGAAUGUCCAGCAUCUUUGGGUUUGGUUCACCUGCUGCAAAAAACACUCAACAGAUUGUGUACAAGCUAAAUGAAUCUCACUAUGAAGUUUUGAAUACUAGACAUUAUUUAUGCUGCCAAACUCAUUUGUUGCAGUUGUUUGUAAUGUCUGCUUGGGGCUUCAUCAUCCUGAAAAGGAGACAGGGAUUUUUUUACAGAGCAAGAAAGUUACGAGAUUGCUUUUUCUUAUUUUUAAAAAAUCAAAGACAACCAGAUAUGUAUUUACUACUUAAGUGUACAAAUCUCAAAAACAGCAAGGGAUUCCAUUCCUAUUUCCUGUGCUGUGCUUUUGUUUUGGUAUUGAGGGAGGGAGGAGACGUGGGCAGGAGAGGCAGGGUGCACAUCAAUUUGAGUAGUUGAGGCUACUGAAACAUUAAAUGUGAAUUCCCAAACUUUUCUUUUUGGGUUUUGUCAGGGAAAAGGAUAAAAAUAAAAUAAAACCUUUAUUACUAAGAAAUCUUUGCAUAUUAGGAGACCGGAUUUCAAGUGAAUUUAAGUCAAAGUAACCCCAACAUUAAGAUAAUUUGAAACUAGUUUUUAUCCCUUUCCUUCCCCUAGAUCAAAUCGGUAUUACUUGUGCCUUAUUUCACUUACAUAGACUUGAAUUAUUUUUAGGGAAAGCCCCUAUGUGAAUUUAGAAGUCACUGCAAGCAGCAUUGAGACCGAAGUUGGAAUAUUCUGUUGACCACAAAACCUUGAUGUCAUUCUGUGAAUAUAGAAUGUAAAAGGAAUAUUCAGUGUUACUGCCAUAUAUGUUAAUAUACACGAACUCAGUUAGCAUUGUAAUGGCCAAAUGCAUUCCCCCAUGCUUUUUUCAAAACAAUUGAAAACCAAAUCAACAACUCUAUCCCCCAACAGCUCCCUAAAUUUAGGAGUCUGACCCUCACAGCUCACUAGUGUGGGUGCAUGGGGCUGUAGUAUGGAUGUUGUGUGGGUGUGUCUGAAUGUGAGGGUGCCUUGGAAGGGACUCCGCAGAUAUGUAGAUACCAGUACCGUUUUAAUAAAGCAUGUACAAUAAACCAAAAUAAGCUUGAGUUGGACUUCAUAUACGAACUGUAAGCCAGUGCAUUAUGAUAUGGUAGUCAAGAUUGUGUGUUUGAUUCAAGAUGAGGAAAUGUCUUGGAAAUGAAAAAAUAAGCACUGGUUAACCAAGUUGUACACAUUGUACCACAUUCACUGUUACUUUAGAAAGAAAUUCCACUUUGUGGAACACUCAAGAGAUCUGAGAUUAUUCAGGUAAGAAUUGAUAUGUAAAAAUGUACAUAUUUUUACUUUAUAUUUUGAUGCCAACUGAGUAUACUAGAAGUAACGACACUCUGGGUGGUAGUUAUUGGAUGAAGACAAUAAAGGAUAUUAUUCCAGUAGGCAUUAAAUUCUGUUGUUUAAAAAAGCCCUUAUAUGUCAGUUACCUGAUUUCAUCUUGACUCUCUGCUUCUUGGUUGGGGAUAAGUUACACCAAAAAGGACAAAUUUUAUUUAUAAGUCAUGAGUUAAAGAAAAGUCCCCUCCUGCUUUACGAGUAUAAUAUAUGCAGAAGCCAUCAAAGAAAGGGAAACUUAACUGCAAUAAUCUAAAGUAUGUAAAAUACAGCAGGUCCUUGGAUAACAUCGUUUUGUUCAACAUCGUUUCAUUAUAAGGUUGAGAAGAUGCCGUGGAAACAUAAUUCUUGUUUCUAUCAAUUAGCCUGUUGUAUGGUUUCAUUAUAUGCCAUUUAAAGCUACAAAACCUAUCGACGAUGUUAGGUGAGGACUUACCGUAUACUACAUUCUGUCAUACUCAGUCUUGGGGUGUUUUGUAGAAAAUGAUGGACUUCAGCCAGAUUUUAGCUGAAGAUUGGUUGUCAAGACUGAAAAGUGUUAUUAAAUACAUUGUGUGUUUUUAUGUAAAAUAUUUUCUAGACAAAUUUGUUAAAGUAUAUGUCCUCUGUAUUAAACUGAUAUAGAUAUAUAUAGAUAUAUAUACACACACACACACACAUGAAUCAUUUGAGCCUAAAUUUCAGAAAUAAACAUACUUGUGAAUACAGAAACCCUAAAUAUUCAUGCAGUAAAAAUUAUGCAGUAUGUUAAGGAAAAUGAGUAAUUUUUUGUUUUGGACUUGAAAUAAACCGUGUUCUACAGACAAUCCCUCAUUUUCAGUUGAGUGUUUCUCAUUCUCAGACGGUGUUGGGCAGAUGUUGAGUACGGGGAUGGGAGCUGCGGUGGUAUUCUUGCUGUUCCCUGUUUAGCCACUUCCCCUAAUUUGUCUGAUUAUCAGAACACUUAGGGUGUUGAAAAUAUAAAACCUCGGUCCCCAAUCCAAACCUACCACCCACUGAGCUAGAAUCAAAGGAGAAUGGGUCUAAAACUCUAUUUGUGAGAAGUGUCUUGGGUAAUUCUCAUGAUUGGGCAUGUUUGAGAAACACCACACUAAUCUUUUCAAAUUAUAUUGUCCAUCUUUGUCAACCACUUGAAAGAGAAAUGGAAAUGGAUCUUUCUCUUGGGUAAUUUGGGUUCGAGUCCCUGUAUUUUGUAUCACUCCCUAAACUUCCUGAGUUAAAAG